CCUGUCUCGGGUAUCGGUACCACCUGCUGCGGAAAAAACGCAAAGACUUGGAGGACAAGUUCAACAAGGACAAUGAGAUCGAGUCCGAAAGCAGUGAGGGCGAGUAUGGCACUCUCAAGGAGUUUACAUGAUUGAUCGCUGUUGCAUAAUUUCUCGUUAUCAUGCAAAAUCACUACCAGGAGGACCACGAUCUUCCAGAUUCACACAAUCAAGUUACUGUGUGUCACAAGUUUGAGAUGACGCGGUAAAUUUUCAAUAGUAUGGGAAUUGAUGUCCGUGACAAUCUGUAAUGCAAGCCGCGCAAGCUGUAAGCACAAGCUGUAGCUGUUGCUUUUCGGCUCCCCCCCUUCUACUUUUAUCAUUCUGGUGUAGCAAGAAAUGAAAAUCGUGUACGGGCGAUCAAUGUACUAAGGUUUGAGAGCGCCAUAGCGAAGAGGAAACCGAAACCGCCGCGAGCGUGGGACCCACGGAGAUACGCGUUGCAAAUUCAUCUUCACAACACCUGAUUCGGGUCCUCUUUUGAUAGCGAAAUAGUACAGAGCUGUCAUGUUGAUACACUGUAUGAAAAUGAAUUUUGCAGGAUAUCACUUUUGCAUGCACAAUAUUCACAACCAACAGCCAUCAGCAUAGAUGAAGCAAACGAUAAUUUUCGCGGAAGAAAAGCUAUUGCAUGACCCAAAAAAUCCACAUGUAUUGAAUUUGCACUGCAUAGCAGAAAACCGAAGACGAUUCGUCAGACAAAGGAAAGGGAAAAAAAGGCAAGAAAGGGAAAAAAGGCAAGAAGGGGAAGAAAGGGAAGAAAGGCAAGGGAAAGAAAAGGGGGAAGGUAUGCUUUGCAAAAGUUGUUGUUCUUACAGUAGGCUAGAUGCAUGUUUUUGUACAAGCGUCCGACACUUCUUUGUUUAUAGCAUGUUGGCCCCCCAUGCCGCAAGACGAAAUGCAUGUCUAAAAGAAGAGCUUUUUGCAACGAGUCAGAGAAAGGCAAAGACGCACUUGCGAUUGAAACGCUGCUGAGCGAGACCCUGUGUCUCUGAAGCAAGCACGUGAAAAAAAACUCAUUGAUGAUAUCCUAGGGGCUCUCGUGCUGAUGAUAGAUCAGAAGUACAAAUAUGGGACUACAAGAACUUUUGCCGGGCAUAUAUUUCCAGCGGCGACGACUCGCCGAAAAGCGGGAAGGGAAAAGGAAAGAAAAAGAAAAAGUGAAGAUAUUGCAGCGUUGGAGGAUCGUUUUUCUUGUAUCACGACUUUCAAGUGCAUGUUUUACUUCAUUACCUGGACCAAUUUCGAUUCUGGCUGCGCGUGCUGCUGCCCGGUUGGCAAAGUCAGACCUUGGGUCAUUGUGUUUGAGUUUCUUUCGGGUUUAAGUAAAAUUAAUUGCACUGGUGUAUCAUGGACAUGUAGUAAACAGAAACCCUGAUCUACUAAUUCUAAACUCCUACUACACCACGGCUCUUCUUGAAUUAUCCCAGCAGCAAUCUCAGCAAUGCGGACGAUUGCCACAUCCCUGAACAAGGUGAAAGAGAAGCGCAGUGCGGUUCCAACGCACCUGACAUGCUUUCCUGCUGCUGCACUAUUUUGAACAGAG